UUGAAGCAGAGGAAGAUCAAGAGCCAUGCUGAAGUUCUUGUGGGUUUGCAUUGUAAUAGCAACUUUUUUCAGCAACUGGGUUGAUGGGUUUGUUCAGUACAGCCAUGAAGGAGAUCCCAAGACUGAAAUCAUUAAUAACACUCUGAUGGUAUCACUAACCCUCAUUCAAGGAGCUGAUGUCAAAGGAGCAGUCUGCUUGGAUGGAACAUUACCUGCUUAUUAUUUUCAUCGGGGACACGGGUCAGGGAAAAAGAGUUGGCUCGUUCACUUUCAGGGAGGAGGAUGGUGUGGCAACGUCACGGACUGUGUUGCUCGCAAGAAAACGCAGCUCGGAUCAUCAAAUUUCAUGCUACCAGAGACAGGAUUCACCGGAAUACUAAGCUAUAAAGCUGAAGAAAAUCCAGAUUUCUUCAACUGGAAUAGAGUAAUGCUUCCCUCUUGUGACGGUGCUUCUUUUUCUGGGGACAGUGAAAAUAAGGAAGAACAACUGCAAUUUAGAGGACAUCGCAUUUGGUUGGCUGCAAUGGAAAAAUUGAUGUCAUUGGGCAUGCGCCACGCCAAGAAGGCUCUUAUUUCUGGUUGCUCUGCUGGAGGUCUGACAUCUAUUUUGCACUGUGAUAAGUUCCGGGGAUUAUUUCAAAGAAAUACUAAAGUGAAGUGCCUCAGUGAUGCUGGAUUUUUCCUUGACUCGGUUGACAUAUCUGGUGCACCAACAUUCAGGAAUUUUUUCAGUAAUGUUGUAAGCUUGCAGGGGGUGAAAGAAAAUCUGCCACACUUUUGUACUAGUCGCCUCGAUCCUACUUCGUGCUUCUUCCCUCAGAACUUACUCGCCGGCAUUAAAACCCCGCUGUUUAUACUUAACUCAGCAUAUGAUUCUUUUCAGUUCCAAUUCAGCUUAGUUCCAGCAUCAGCUGAUCCCAACGGCUUAUGGAACAGUUGCAAAUUAAACGUUACCAACUGUUCCCCAACUCAGUUGCAUAUUCUGCAAGGAUUCAGGAGUCAAAUGCUACAGGCACUAAAGCCAUUCUCAAAGUCUAAUCAAAAUGGGAUGUUUAUAGAUUCAUGCUAUGCACACUGUCAGUCUCAGUUUCAGCUAACGUGGUAUGCUGCCAAUUCUACAAUCAUUGGAAACAAGAGAAUCUCGCAGUCCGUCGGAGAUUGGUAUUUCGACCGUGCAGAAGUUAAGGUCGUUGAUAAAAGUUGCCACCAUUUGGUUCCCCAAUGAGCAAAGUUCUAUCAAAUGGCUUAUUUGCAUUACAUGGUCAUCAGUUCGCUUUAUGCUAAAUAAGAGAGUAUAGAUAACCCAGCAGGUGAUACUGUAAAAGUGUGAAUGAUCAGCCAAAUUGAUAGAACUUUGUAAUGCAAUUGAAAUAGUGGAGAACUACAAGAAGAAAUAAAAUGAAUAAAUCAAUAGCAAUACCACAAUAGAACAUGAAAAGU